GCCGUUUUUGACCGGCAAACGGUAGCCCGUAAGGGUCACAAGGCCAGCGAAUCCGCCGCGCGAAUUGUUUUCCUCAGGUGGUGGGUUUAUGCCGCAGGAGCCCAAGUCGGCGAGACGACUGUGCGGCACUGGGACUCGGCCCCGCACCCUUCUUCCCCUGUUGUUGGGCUGUGUGACUCUUUCCUUCCGUUGGCGCCGAAGAGAACUUGCUGCUGGGCGGGCGGAGAGCUUGAGCCCACCAGGAAUGGCAGCCCCAUCUAUGAAAGAAAGGCAGGCUUGCUGGGGAGCCCGGGAUGCAUACUGGAAGUGCUUAGAUGAGAACACAGAGGACGCUUCUCAGUGCAAGAAGUUGAGAAGCUCAUUUGAAUCAAGUUGUCCCCAGCAGUGGAUAAAAUAUUUUGAUAAAAGAAGGGACUACUUAAAAUUCAAAGAAAAAUUUGAAGCAGGAGAGUUCCAGCCUUCAAGAACAACUGAAAAGUCUUAAGCUAUUCCUGAACAUUUCAGAAAGGUUGAAAUAAUUUUUUUGGACAUUGAGAAAUGCUCUAUGGGACAAUAGUAAUUUGAAUGAUGGUAAACACCAGUGCUUGUUCUAUCUAUACAGCUCUUAAUUAAAGUGAUCAAGUAACAAGAUUCCAUUAUUCAAAGUAUGAAGAAUUGAAAUAAAAUGAUAUGAAAUAUGCUAAGUAUAGUAAAAAAUAUUUUAAGAGAAAAAUUAAAGCUUAUAAAAA